CCCGAGGAAGAGGUGCGAGCGCUGCGGCACGUGGCCAUUGUGUCCCAGCGGAAGGCCACCACGGGCGAUGCACACGUCAACCGUAACGCCGCCAAGCACACCCUCCACCUUGCCCUCGACGUCGCCGAACGGGUGGGUCUCGAGUGGCGAUUAUACUUCCUGCUGGAGCUGGCCAAGCUGGCGUGGGAGGAGCACAACCUCGCCCAGGCGCUCAAAUACAUUGCCCAGGCCAAGCAAAUCGCCACGCAGGCCGACCAGCCACACUUUCUCGCCCUCUUCAUUUUGGUGGAAACGUACCUGGCGUUUGCUCGACGAGACAUCGGCGCCGUGGUGCAGCACCUGCAACAGUAUAAACAGACGCACGACGCCUUCGCCCAAGGCCAGAAUGAAACGUGGGUGAGCCUACAGGUGAUGUACGACAUCCUCUCGCUCGAGCACUGCUUUGUCGAGGGCGACGUGCCCCGGGCCAAGGCCCACGCCAAGAGCAUCUGUGCAUACGUUCAGGGGGUCAACGCCAAGGGGGUGGUGGUGCGUUCGUUUUUCAAGUGGUGCGACGCCAGCAUGCUGGGCGCCUACUACUACUACGCGGGCGGCGCCGUGGAUCGCAUCAGCGUGCCAUCACGGGCCAUAACCUUCUUCAAGGAAGGACGCAGCCGCAUCGACGUGCUGCGGGACGGGCAAGCGAUGAUAGAGAUUUUGAAAACGAAGGACCGGGAAGUGAUGAGCCUCCUGCGCCUCAAGUUCGCCCUCCUCGAACAGCUCUUCCUCGCCCACCUCACCCAAUCCGACUACGCCCAAGCCGUCCAGGUGCUGUGGGACAUGCUGGACAUGAACUGCGCGUGGGCGGACAGAAACCCCGAAUGGCCGUCGACGGCCCACUUACUCGCCGGGCACCUGGCCACCGUGUGUCUCCCCGAGCAGGCGGCCACCCACUACAUCGUCGCGAGCCAGAUACUGCAGCAGCAACAGCAAUGGGACACUGCCGUCAUCGCCGACCUGUUCGCCUGCCUCGCGCUUCUGCGAGCCUCCGCUUUCAAGAAGGCACUCGCACACGCACCUCUCUAUUCAACGUCGUCUGCGUUGCGUGGACGAAGGGCUGCGCAAGUGUUGGAAGAAAGUCGAGGCGAGCCCUCGCCCGGUGCAAGCCUUCGGGCUGCUCGUCCGCGGGCUUCUCAACCUCCACUCCUCCCAAUCCGCCUCAGCCAGGGAGGUGCUGGCGCGCGUGCUGAAGCUCGGACUGGAGAACCCGCAGAUGACGGCGCAGGUCUACAACGCCAUCGCGGAGAGCAUCCUGCAGGACACGAAGAACGUGGGCGCCGCUCGUCAGUCGCUGCAGCUGGCCCACAAGUCCUCCAGCGCCCUCCGCGACCUGCCCUCGCUCAUCACCGCGCUCCGCCUCAGCAAUCAUGUGUGCGCACACGCGAUGGCGGCGGGCGGCGGCGACGCCGUGGAGCAGGAGCAGCGGGCCGUGGCCGGGCAGCUGCGGCAGGCCAACGCCGACUUCGCCGGUCGGGUGCGCGACGCCGUGAGCCUCCCACAAUCCGUCCUCAUCACGCGCCUUCUCGAGCCGCCAUCCUAGUUGAUCCCCCAACACCACUCCAUCGAUGA